AUGGGCCUCCCGUGGCUGGCGGCCGGGCCGUGGGCUGCCUCGGUGGCGACCGCCUGGCUGACGCAGUGCCCAGCGUGCCCUGAGGCUCGCCUGCGGGACGUGCCCGAGCUGCCCGACCUCCUCGGGGGCCUGGCGACGCCUCGCCCCGCUCAGGGCGAGGACACCCUCGUGAACGACGACGGGCUGCAGGUGCUCGUGCUGGACUUGAGCGGGGACCUGGUCGUGGCUCUCCGGCGCGACUCGGCCUUCCCGCAGAGGGUGCGCGGGCAGGUGUACGCGUUCGGGCCGACCGACCCGGACGACAUCGAGGCGCUCCGAGUCGCGGCGCGGGCUCUGGCGGUGGUGAUGGGCGUGACGACGCCCACGGCGGCGCCUGGCGCUCUGUUGCCGCGCUGGAUCGUCUCAGACCCUGCGUCGCCGGACUUCGGGAAGGAGCUGGACAUCCAUAUCGCCGGGAACCCCAAGAGGCUGCUCUUCAGGGAUGCGGUCGGCAUCGCUCUGCUCAGCGAGGAGGAGGGCUGGGUCUCGGUGGAGAAUGUCCAGGAGCGCGACGAGGAGGCCUGGCGCGCCGAGAAGCGCCGCGGCCCGGGGCGGGACCCCAGGAUCUCGUCGCUGUCGAGGCGUGCCCCUGGCCAGCCCGUGAUGCUCGCCGAAGCCCUGGCGAAGAUGAGCGCGAUCGACAUCGACGCGAUGGGAGCGCUCAACGGGUUGGCGGCCGCUCGGGCUGGAGGGCGCCUCGAGCCUCGCGCGCCCGGCAAGCAGACGCCGACUACCGCGCAGGAGUCGGUCAUCAAGCGAGUCCGACGUCGUGUUCGCAGCUUCGGCGACCGCCCGAAGGACAUGGACUCUGCUGGAGCCCUUCAGGAGCUCCUCAAGUGCAAGGACCUGUACUCGGCCAUGGGCGAGAGCUCUACGCGCCGUGAUUAUGAUGCUGGUAAGCUCAACGUGCUGCGACGUCCCGUCAGCGACCAGCCGCGCCAGCUUCGCGGAGUGGCGCCUCGCCACGUCUCCGAGGUCCUGGACAACUUCAAUGUUGACGUGAUGCGGCCAGCAGCCAACAUCCCCGACGACGAGGAGAUCGUGGAGCCGUACUGGGACCCGCUGCUUAACCCCCGUGACCCUCGGAACCGCCCAAGGCUCUUGGACUUCUUGCGGCGCCUGGCAGAGCGGGGGCUGGUCGACGGCCGCCGCAGGCGGAAGGCUUGCGUCAGUACGUUCUUCGUGGCCAAGAAGGACGGCGACAUCCGCAUGGUGGUGGGCGCCCGCCAGCCGAACCAGCUCCACAAGUUGCCGCCUCGGACGGUGCUCGCCUCGGGCGAGGCGCUGGGCUCGAUCAACUUGCUGGAUGCCAUCGACGCCUCGCCGGAGGACCUGGCCGACUUCGACGGCUGCUUCGAGUCGCUCUGCGCGGGCUCGGUGGACCUCAUGGACGGCUUCUGCCAGUUUGCCGACCCCGCCUGGGGCAGCUGGAUGCGCUUCGAUAUCGAGGUCACCGCCGACGAGCUGGGGGUGGACUCGAUCUUCGACGACCAGCUCGGCCCGACUCUUGUCGGGCGCUCGGUCGUCAGGGCCCCAUGCGUCGACGACGGGAACCUGGUCUCGCUCUGUGCGCCGGCGCUCGACGACCGCCUGGACAGGCUCACGGCCGAGCUGGAUAGGCGGGGUUUGCGCUGGCACGAGCUGGAGAGAGCCCAGCCUGGGCUCGUCAUCCUCGGGAUGGUGCUGGACGGACGCGAGGGGCGCCUCCGGCACGCGCCGAAGCGGGCCUGGCGGCUCUACUUGGCGCUGCACCAUGUACUCCGGCAUCCCUGGCUGGCUCGCUGGCAGCUCCGGCGGAUCGUGGGCCACAUCGUGCACUACUUCUCGGUGCUACGGCCUGGCCUCAGUGUCCUGGGCGCCAGCUACGCGCACAUCUCCAGCGGCGACUUGGCCGAGAUGGUGCGCGUGCCCCCUGACGUGCUGGGCGAGCUGGCGACCGCGGCCGGCCUGGUCUUCCUGGGCGAGGUCGACAUGUGCAGGGUGCCGUCGGACAUCGCCUUCACCACCGAUUGCUCGAUGCAGGGCUACGCCGCAUGUGAGGCCCGCCUGCAGCCGUGGGAGAUCUUGGCUACCACUCGCUGGCGGGAGCGCCAGCGCUUCGUAUCCUCGGAGGUGGAGAUCGCGCCCGACACGGAGGUGCAUGAAGGGCGCGUGGCAGGGCUGCUCGACGCCUCCGAGCCGCUGCCUCUGGAGGCCCCGCCAAGGCUCCGACGCGCCGUCGCUCGGCGGCGCCGAGUCGAGCUUGAGAUUGGGGUGCCGCCCGAGCCCUUGGUGGAGGCGCUGCUGGACCCAGCGCGCUGGACGGGGCGGCGCCGAGGUGCGUGGCGCUGCCCAGGGCAGAUCCACGCCUUGGAGGCGCGGGCCGCCGUCGCUCCCCUGUGGCGCGCUGCAGGCGAUGUUCGGUUCCACGGCACCGAGAUCCUCAGCUUGUGCGAUAACAUGUCGUCGGUCCUCGCCUUCGAGAAGGGCAGGGCCACCAAUUUUGAGCUGCUGGCGCAGUGUCGCCGUGCUGCCGCAGUGUGCCUGGGCUGGGAGAUCCGCUGGCGCCCCAGGCAUGUCCCCGGCGUCCAGAACGUCGCGGACCACGGCAGCAGGGCGGCAGAUCGCGGUGAGCUACGAGCUGGGCGCUACCGAGGGCGAGGGGCCCUCUCCGCACCCACGCGGCGCAGCCGUCGCGAGCCCGUGGUUCGGCCCUCGCGGGCGCAGGUCUAUCAGAUCGACGGGGAGGUGCAUGCGAAGGCCCUGGUGAUCUACAUGUUCUACCCGCGGGACCUCGAGAGGACCCCGAUGGAGCUCGUCAACGACUGGGUGAUCGUCUUGGGGAUGCUCGUCGUCUUGGGGUUGGGCCUCCUGAGCUUCCUCGGGCUGACCGUGGUCGCAAGGCGGCUUGGGAUCUUCGCGACCUUUGAGAACCCGCCCGCGAGCCGCGUCUGGCACUGGCCUGCGCUCGAGCGGGAGCUCCGGCGCUUCGAGUGCCCCAAGGUGCUGUUCGACUCGUGCAGGUUCGGGGCUCCGUUCAAGAAGCCGGGAGCGAUCGCGGGCAGCUUGCCAGGCUUGGAGGCUUUGGGGCUGCGCUGCUGCUGCGCCCGUCGGCAUCGCGUUGAGCUUCAGGGAAAGGUCCGACAUCCUACUCGAGGCUGGGUGUGGCGGACGACCCUCGCGAGCGCCUACCUGCCGAGCUGGUGCCGGUUGCUGGUGUCCCUGGCUGGCCCCCAUGCGCCGGGCGGCGCCUUCGGUCGAGCCACGGCGACAGAGCUCCAGGGCAGGGCUCACGCGCUGGCGAGCGCGGCAGCUCGCCCGUCGACCUGGACGCCGAGAGCAUCGAACGAGGCGGCGGCCGCAGCUUCUCCGGGCAGGGCAGCCGCUGGGCGCGCCAGGGAGACCGACGGGCGCAUGGCGCCAGUGCCGAGGCCGCUGGCCAAGGCGCAGAGGCGGCGGCGCGCUGACGCCGCCGCUCGCGGCGACGCCGCGGCCGCCGAUCGCGAGGCUGGCCCCGGUGACUACCUUCGGCUGGCCAGCUUGCGUCCGGCGACGCUCGAGGCCCUCGAGGUGUUUGCGCGGGAGCGUGGUCUCCUUUUGUCUUCACCGCCUGAGGCCGACUCGACCUUGAAUCUCUACUUCGAGGAACUGUUCUUUGCAGGCGAGCCGCAGUACGUCGGCCGCUUGGCCCUGCAUGGCCUGUGCAAGCAGCGAGGUUGGUCUGCUGCACGGCCGAACUUUCAGGAGGCAAAAGACGCCCUGGCUGGUUGGUCAACCAAGAUCCCGCCGUGCUUGCGUGAUCCGCCCCCGUUUGAGGCCGUUCAGCUGGUCUGCUCUGUCCUGGACAACGGCGCGGGCCUUGACCUUCUGGUCGCGCUUGGCGCCUUGGCGGAGCUCCUGCCCGGGCUCGAGGCGCUGCUGGUGGACAGGGCCCGGCAGACGGCGGUGCUGGUGGCGACCCUGGUGGCAGAGGCGAUCGAGCAGGAGCGACGCAGGCAGGCGCUGGCGCAGGCGCCGCCCCUGCAGACCGGGCCAGCCCCGAGCGGGGGUGGCGCUGCCGGCCCGGCGGAGCCGAGCCAGGCCGCGCUGGGCGCUUCCGAGCCGCCGGCCGCGUGGACCAG